AUACAUAAAUAUAUACAACACAAGUAUAUAUUCUAUAUUAGUCCUAUUAUAUUUUCAAAAUGUCUUGAUGAGUAUUUUAGACAUUUAUUGACAAUACUUAUGUUUUAUUUGUGUAUUAUGUGCAUCACAUAUAGAUACAUAUUUACACACACGUAUAAUGGUGUUUAAUUUAGAGCAAAUACAGUAUCGUAUGUUCUUAUAGCAUUUCGCGUGCUAUUUGCUUGAAGAUAUUUUAAAGUACAAAUUCCAAGAGAUACAUGCUUCUACCAAGAUUAUUAAGUUUGCAACGUUCAGUUGGAAAAGAAAAGAAGAAAAUAAAAUUGAACAUAAAAUUAAGGAGAAAGAUAAGAAGAAAAAAAGAAUUAAUUAAAAAAUUGUUUUCCAUUGUAUAGAUGGUAAAGUUGCCAUGUUUUCACCCCACCGCUUCGUAAGAGUCAAUACGUUUUUUUUAAAGGCUACACCUUGUUGUCAAUUCGGUAGUAACAGUGUCACGUCAUCGUGUCAAUCGAUUGAAAGAUUUCUCAGAGGUAGUUCAAUAACAUACUCAUUGGCAAGAACGUUUUCUAUCUCAUCAGUAAAUAUGGCGAAAAUACAAGCAGGACCUGUCGUAGACAUUCUUGGUGAUGAAAUGACUCGUGUCAUAUGGGAUUCCAUAAAAGAGAAAUUAAUUUUACCUUAUUUGGAUAUUGAAUUACAUACUUAUGAUUUAGGUAUAGAAAAUAGAGAUGCCACCGAUGACAAAGUAACGGUUGAUUGUGCCGAAGCUAUUAAACGUUAUAAUGUUGGUAUAAAGUGUGCUACUAUUACCCCUGAUGAAAAGAGAGUAGAAGAAUUUAAGUUGAAACAAAUGUGGAAAAGCCCGAAUGGUACUAUUAGAAAUAUAUUAGGUGGUACAGUGUUCCGUGAAGCUAUCAUUUGUAAAAAUAUUCCUCGAUUAGUAACAGGCUGGAAUAAGCCAAUUAUUAUUGGUAGACAUGCUCAUGCAGAUCAAUAUAAAGCAACAGAUUUUAUAGUACCAGGACCUGGAAAACUUGAAAUUUCAUGGACUGGUGAAAAUGGUAAAAAAGAGGUAUAUACUGUCCACGACUUUAAAGGUCCUGGAAUAGCACAAGCUCAAUAUAACACAGACGAAAGCAUAUGUGCAUUCGCUCAUAGUUCUUUUAAGUUUGCACUUUCCAGAGAAUAUCCUUUGUAUCUUUCAACAAAAAAUACUAUUUUAAAAAAAUAUGAUGGUAGAUUUAAGGAUAUUUUCCAAGAAAUUUAUGAGAAAGAAUAUAAAGAUAAAUUUGAGGCUAAAAAAAUUUGGUAUGAGCAUCGUUUGAUAGAUGACAUGGUUGCUUAUGCGAUGAAAUCUGAAGGUGGUUUCGUUUGGUCAUGUAAGAACUAUGACGGAGAUGUACAAUCAGAUUCUGUAGCUCAAGGAUAUGGAUCAUUGGGGCUUAUGACAUCUGUACUAAUAUGUCCAGAUGGACGUACAGUAGAAUCAGAAGCAGCUCAUGGUACAGUUACUAGACAUUAUCGUCAAUAUCAGCAAGGUAAAGAAACCUCUACGAAUCCUAUUGCAUCUAUUUUUGCUUGGACCCAAGGAUUGCUUCAUCGUGCUAAACUGGAUAACAAUCAGAAAUUGAAGCAUUUUGCUGAAACUUUAGAAAAAGUAUGUAUUCAAACAAUAGAAUCAGGUUUUAUGACUAAGGAUCUGGCUAUCUGUAUUAAAGGAAUGCAUAAUGUUACUAGAAGUGACUAUUUAGAAACAUUUGAUUUUAUGGAUAAACUUGCUGAAAAUUUAAAAAAAGAACUGGCUACUAACUGACUAUUUGAAUCAGAACAAGUUUUACGUGCAAAAUAUUAAGAUCAUAUUUGUAUUUGUUAUAUAGGCAAAGAAUUAUCAAAAUAUAUUCAGUUAUUGAUAAAUAGCUAUCAUUUUUAUAAGAUUAAUAAAAUAAUACGUGAAUAUGGUUUUGGAAUAGUAUUUUAAAAACUAUGUAAUAUUUUAUAUUAGUUAUAUGUAAUGUAAAAAUGUAAUCUUCAUAGAUAUUGAAGUACACAUUAAUAACAAAGUUGUAUAAUUUUCAUUUUACUUCAAAUAUCAUAUACGUUUUAAUAAUUUAAUGUCUGUCAAACCAAUCAGUUAAUAUCGUUUUUUACUAUCUUUUUUUAUGCAAAAGCAAAAAAGGAAGCUGUACACAAGGAUUUUCGAUAUGGAGACAUGAUUGAGAAAUUUGUAAUCAAUAGAAUUGUUUGAAAUAAAUAGAUAAUUACUAUUUACAAUCAAUAAUACAAUAUUUGUAUUUAUGUAGAUUGAUUAUAUUGCUUCAAUUAUCAAUUAACUCUAUUAUUAUUAUUAUUAAACUCUAUUGAGUAAGUUUUUUAAUUACAUUGUUCGAAUAAUAAAAAAGCUGUUCUCUUUCGAAGUCUUCUAAAUAAAAUCUGAUCCAC